AUGGGGCUGGAAUACACGACCUUCGUUGUGCUGCACACUGUAACACCUCUUACCGCCAAAACAUCGCCGCGUCCAUAUCUGAUCGAAAUUGCUUUAUUUUUUUUUCCCUUCCAUUUCAGCAAACAGUUUUACAAGAAAUGCUUUGUAAAAGAGGCCGAGAAGACAAUGGUACGCGUGCGUUAUCGCAAUCUCGAAUGUGCCGGCAAGAAAUCCCGAAAAAAAUUGCUUUCGGAACGAAUAAAAGUAAUAGAUGAAUGGUGCACUGCUUAG